AUGGACCAACCUCAUGUCAAUGAAAAGGGAAUGUCCAUUCUGGUCACUGCACUCUUCAUUGUUGGAGAAACUGCUGGUGGAGGACUCAUCGCUCUUCCAACUGCAAUUGUUAGUACAGGAGCAGUGACUGGAGCAUUUCUACUUUUGUUGGCUGCAGUUAUCUGUACUUAUACUGGAACUCUUCUGGCUGAAAAUUGGAUAAUCCUUCAAGAAUUGUAUCCGGAAUACAGAGAUCAUUGUAGAAAGCCGUAUCCAGCUAUGGGAUUGAGAGCUAUUGGACCUAAAUUUGCUCACUUCGUCUCUGCAAUUCUUCAAGUAACCCAAUUCGGAACUGCUGUUGUAUUCGUUCUCCUUGCUGCGAAGAACGGUGAAAACAUGCUCCAUGCUAAUUUCGGAACUCAUGUCAGUUUCUGUUAUAUGAUUCUCAUCGUCGGACUUCUCGUUUUCCCAUUUACUCUUCCGAAAUCACCAAAAGAUUUCUGGUAUGCAGUGGUUGCUGCCAUGAUAUCUACUACAGUUUCUGUGGUUCUCAUCAUUAUUGGGUCAGUGAAAGACUAUGAAGUUUGUAAGGAUGACGUCUUCUACCCGUCAUUCAACCUUCCCAAGACACUGAUGUCAUUCGGAACAAUUAUGUUCUCUUACGGAGGACAUUGUGCAUUUCCAACUAUUCAGCAUGACAUGAAAAAGCCACAUCACUUCUCGAGAUCUGUGAUCAUUGCAUUCAUUAUCAUCUUCAUUUUCUAUCUUCCCGUGUCAAUGAGUGGAUAUUUUGUGUAUGGAAAUUCCCUUACUGAUUCUAUUAUUCCAUCAAUUCAAAAUAUCAACAUUCAAACAACAGUCAAUUUGCUCAUCAGUCUUCAUGUUUCUCUUGCUCUCACUAUCACUUUCAAUCCACUCAAUCAGGAAUUCGAAGAAGUUUUGAAUAUGUCUCAUGAUUUCGGAUGGCAACGCAUUGUUUCCCGUGCUCUAGUUAUGAUUUCUGUUGUUUUUGUCGCUGAGUCUGUUCCCAACUUUGGAGUUUUAUUGGAUCUGGUCGGUGGAUCUACAAUUACAAUGAUGGCUUUAGUGCUCCCAAUUCUAUUCAAUUUGUCUUUGACAACAAUUAGAAAGAAGAGAGAAAAUAAGGAGAAUGAGGAGAAGAUCUCAAUAAAAGAGGUCUUCCAAAACUCUGAUAAAAUUAAAUUGUUGGCAAAUAUUUUGAUUCUUGUGUUUGCAACACUUGGAGGAAUUGCAGCUACAGUAUCUGCAAUGCAAUCAAUGCUUCAAAGUGAAUUCAGUGCUCCUUGUUAUGCAAAACUUUGGAGUGAAGAUGCUCGACUUCUGGAAAAACAAAGACAACUCACAUUCGAACACGGUAAAAUCGCAUGCUGCGGAAUGUUCCGUAAUAUUUCUGCAAUGGGAUCCGAGGUCUGUCUGAAUGCUGCUUCGUUGAUGAAAGUUGGAGCUGGAUCACAUGGAUAG